AUGAUGGGGGUUGUGAGAAAUGAGAAACUUUCUAUUUUUGCCCAAAGCGCACGACCCUUUGGAGAUCCUGCACGAGGAGAGUUGUUUUCCAGAAAUGACAUGGAGGUAGCGCAUUGGUUCGUACCGAAAAAUUGUGAUGAGAUAAUGGCAUACUUAGAUGAGCAUGAAGAGAUGAUGAAGCGAGAAUAUCCAUCACAUUUGUGUGCCAAUAAACAUCGUGAAUUGUUUCCACAAUGGUUUUUGGAAUAUGUGAAUAAAUUGAAAUCAUCGAAUUCCCCCAUAUACAGCGAAGAAUUAUAUAACUUGGCAUUCGGGCUGAUUCGCACUGAAUUGUUCUCGGGUUGCCAUGUUAACGGCGUCAAUUUUUGGGGACUGCACGAGAUGACAAGUUGUGUACGCAAAAUAGCGGUGUCCAUGUCCCAGGUGGAGGCGAAAGUACGGACAUUGAUUUCUAUGGCAAACUCACAAUUGUCGUGCAAUUGCUUUACAAAGACCGAUACCAAGUGA